AUGGGGGAACGCCUUCUUCCAUCUUUGUAAACAACUCUACAGUGCGCGUGCGCGUUCGUGUGUCACAAUAAUGGAGGACAAUCUUUUCCAACCGUUGUGAACCCAAGCACCGUGUUCAUUUGGAGAAUUUGGACAAAGCGGCGUGCAGCUAAGUGUCGAAAACACGAGCAGAAUGGCCUCAGACUCAGUAGCUCAGGCUCCUGGGUCGAGGAUCAUGACCUUCCACCCGACCAAGGAGGAAUUCAAAGACUUCAACCGCUACAUUGCUUAUAUGGAGUCAAAGGGUGCUCACUUAGCUGGCAUGGCGAAGGUUGUGCCUCCUAAGGACUGGAAGCCCCGCCGCACAUACGAUGACAUUGAUGACCUGGUCAUUCCUGCUCCUAUUCAGCAAGUGGUGACAGGUCAGUCCGGGCUUUUCACACAGUACAACAUCCAGAAGAAGCCCAUGACUGUCCGCGAGUUCCGCAAGAUCGCUAACACAGACAGGUUCUGCAACCCCCGGUACGUAGAUUUGGAUGAGCUGGAGAGGAAGUACUGGAAGAAUCUUACGUUUAAUCCUCCACUCUAUGGAGCGGAUGUCAACGGAACUCUCUACGAUCCAGAUGUAAACGAGUGGAACAUCGGGCGUCUGAACACUGUUCUGGACACAGUGGAGAGAGAGAGUGGCAUCAAGAUUAAAGGGGUGAACACGCCGUAUCUGUACUUCGGGAUGUGGAAGAGCACGUUUGCCUGGCACACUGAGGACAUGGAUCUCUACAGUAUCAACUAUCUGCACUUUGGAGAACCCAAGUCCUGGUAUGUUGUGCCUCCAGAACACGGGAAGCGAUUAGAACGUCUCGCUAAAGGCUUUUUUCCUGGAAGUGCCCAAAGUUGUGAAGCCUUCUUGCGACACAAAAUGACUUUGAUUUCCCCAUCAAUUCUCAGAAAGUAUGGCAUCCCUCUUGAGAAGGUUGCACAGGAAGCAGGUCAGUUUAUUGUGACCUUCCCUUACGCCUAUCACGCUGGAUUCAAUCAUGGAUUCAACUGUGCAGAGUCCACAAACUUCGCCACUCAGCGCUGGAUAGACUACGGCAAGCAGGCAGCGUUAUGUUCGUGCCGUAAAGAUAUGGUGAAGAUCUCCAUGGACGUGUUUGUGCGAAAGUUCCAGCCAGAGCGAUAUAAACUGUGGAAGGCGGGAAAGGACAGCGUGAUAAUUGACCACUCCAAACCCACACCAGAAGCAGCAGAGUUCUUGCAGGAUGGAAAGACACUAGGAGAGAAAGGAGAGCUCAGCAACAGCAGCCCUGCUGAAACCAGAGGAGAGAGGGAGACUGAAACAGCAGAUGAAGAUGGAGGGGCGAGAGAAACAGAGAAGGGAGAGACGGUGUCAGACGAGACAGAUACCAUGAGAGGAGACAAAGUAAUAGAAAAUAUAGGUGCACAACAAAGAAAGACAGAAGCACAAGAGGCAAAUGCAAAGGGAGAGGAAACAGAGACCAGAAAGACUCAACUAGAAGCUAGUGAAAUAGACAAGACACAGACUGAAACAGACAAGACAGAGAAAACAGACAUAGAGAAAGAAGCGACUGAAGAAGAAGGAAGAGAGUCAGAGAUGGAAAUACCAGCUCAAGAGGCAGGUGUGACAGAUACAAACAAACCUGAAAGAGAAAUAGGGGAAAUAGAGAUGGAGACAGAAAAUGACAGCACAGAGGGAAGAGAGAAAGAUAAGACUGAUGAGGGAAAAGAAGAGACAGUUACAGCAGAGAUGGAGACUGAAGAAAUAAAACAGCCAAAGACUGAAAGAGAGACAGCAAGGAGAGAGAUGGAAACUGGAAAGGAAGAGCUGGACAGCAGUGAGAUGAAGCAAGACAUUGGUGAGACAGAUAGUGGAGAGUUGGAGACUGAAAAAGAGAAUCUGUCUGUGGCACAGGAGACAGACACAUCAGUGACAGAGAUGGAAACACAAAAGAAUGGGAUGGACAGUCAAGAGACAGAUAGAGAAGAUAAGGAAAACGUAAAACAAGAGCGAGAGAUAGGACAGACAGAGAUGGCCAGUUCCCAGAGAGGGGACAUGGAGACUGAGACAGUGUGUGGAAAGAUGGAGAGUGAAACAGAGAGUGGAGUGAUGGAGAGUGAGACAGGAGCGAGAGAGAUAAGAAUGGUGGAGUGCAAGACAGAGAUUGGAGAGAUGGAGUGCAAGACAGGGCGUGGCACUAUGGAGAGGGAGACAGGGGAGACAGGGAGAGGAGAGAUGGGGCACAACACAGAAAGUGGGUUGAUAGAGAGUGAGACAGAGAGGGAAGAGCGGGAAAGAGAAACAUGGAGUGGAAAGAUGGAGAAUGAGACAGGGGAGGCAGGGAGAGGAGAAAUGGAGAGCGAAACAGGGUGUGGAGAGAUGGAGGGUGAGGUAGGAGAGACAGGGAGAGAAAAGAUGGAGCGUGAGACAGGGUGUAGAGAGAUGGAGAGUAUGACAGGAGAGACUGGGAGAGGAGAGAUGGAGAAUGAGACAAGAGAGAAAGCCAGAGGGGAGAUGGAGAGUGAAACAGGAGAGGAAGGCAGAGUAGAGAUGGAGAGUGAAACAGGAGAGAUGGAGAGUGGACAGAUGGAGAGUGAGACAGUAGAUAAAGGGAGAGAGCUGGAGAGUGAGACAGACAGGGGCGAGACGAAGAGUGAGCCAGAAAAGACAAGGAGAGAAGAAGUGGUUACCGAGACCGAAGAGACAGGGAAAAGAGAAAUAGAGAGCGAGACAGGAGAGGCAGCAAGAACAGUGAUGGAGAACAAGACAGGAGUAAAUACUGACAGAGAAACCAGGACAGAAGAGGUGGAGAAUGAGACAGGACAGGCAAUUAGAGAAGAUAUAGAGAGUGAGACAGGGAGAGGAGAGGUGGGGAGUGAGGCAGGAGGGACGGAAGAAGAGGAGAUAGAGAUGGAGAUAAAGACAGGGGAGGUGGAAAAUGAGACAGCAAGAGGAGAGGUAAAGAGCGAGACAAGGAGGGGAGAGAUGGAAAGUCUUACAGGGAAAGAAGAGAUGGAGAAUGAGAUAGGGGAGAUAGAGACAGAGAAGGGAGACAUGGAGAAUGAGACAGGGAGAAGGGAGACAGAGAGCAUAACAGGGAAGGAAGAAAUGGAGAGUGGGACAGGAGGGGCAGGGAGAGGGGAGAUAGAGAACAUAACAGGGAAGGAAGGCAUGGAGAGUGAGACAGGGAGAGGAGAGAUGGAGACCAUAACAGGGAAUGAAGGCAUGGAGAGUGAGACAGGGAGAGGGGAGAUAGAGAACAUAACAGGGAAGGAAGUGAUGGAGAGUGAGACAGGGAGAGGGGAGAUGGAGACCAUAACAGGGAAGGAAGACAUGGAGAGUGAGACAGGGAGAGGGGAGAUAGAGAACAUAACAGGGAAGGAAGACAUGGAGAGUGAGACAGGGAGAGGGGAGAUAGAGACCAUAACAGGGAAAGAAGACAAUAAGAGUGAGACAGGGAGAGGGGAGAUAGAGACCAUAACAGGGAAAGAAGACAAUAAGAGUGAGACAGGGAGAGGGGAGAUGGAGACCAUAACAGGGAAGGAAGACAAUAAGAGUGAGACAGGGAGAGGGGAGAUGGAGACCAUAACGGGGAAAGAAGACAAUGAGAGUGAGACAGGGAGAGGGGAGAUGGAGACCAUAACGGGGAAGGAAGACAUGGAUAGUGAGACAGGGAGGGGGGAGACAGAGAGCAUCACAAUGAAGGAAGAAAUGGAGAGUUGGACAGGGAAAGGGGAAACAAAGAGCAUAACAUUGAAGGAAGAAAUGGAGAGUGACACAGGGAGAGGGGAAGUAGUGUCAAAAAACCCUGAUGAAGAAAGAAAAGUAGAAAUUGCCAAGACUGUAAAACAAGAGACUGUUUCAGCAAAUCUGGAGGAGAAAGUAGAAGAGAAAGAGAGAGAGAUUAUGGAGACAGGAGGGGAGAAAGUGGAGACAGAGACAGAAGAAGAGACAAAGACAAGCAGUUCUUCUGUUCGGAGGAGGAGAAGCAGUGCCAAGCCAAAGGUGAGGAUGAAACGGCAGAGAGGAGCUAGUGCUGGUUCUGCUGAGGCUGUAGAGCAGCUCAAGCAGAAGAGAACCAGGCUCAGUCAACCUGAAGCAAAGCGUGAGGCAAAACAGCCAGGUUCAACAGGCCAAGAUGAGAGUGAAAAUGAGGACCGCAUGGAAGUAGGGGCUCCAGCAUUAAAACAGGAAAAGAAGCCAGACCACUCCCACUUGGAGAGUCCUCCUCCUCACUUUCCAGCAAAUAAACAGCCAAUCGCCAACACUCCUAAAACGCAUAACCGAAGCCAUAGCACUUCUCUGUCCUGCCAUAUCACUGCGUCUUCCCAGCCUCGCAACAUCACCACUCGGCCCAAAGAAACCGCUCCAUGCUGUGAUCUUAGAACUAAGCGCCCUCAGCCUAACAACACCACCUCCCCAUCUCGGCGUGCGGUUAUCACCAAACCCAACAAAUCCACCAUUAAAUCUCCAUCUAGCGACAUCUCGACAGACCCGAGUGACCUCAGCAUUCAGGCUAAACCCACCAACAACUCGAGACACCGUGGCGAUAUCACACCAAAACGCAGGAAAACCAGCCCUAAACAUGAAGCCAAACCCAGGGAGAGCCGUGGCAGCUCUGUUCCAAACGAUGACAGUGAUGAGAUUAAGGCUGCCUACGGAGGGAGCUCGGCUCAGCGGCUUUUCCAACGGACACUCAGUUCUGCUGAGGUGCUACACGUUCACAGCUACGCUAAAGGAGACUACAGCGAUCUGGACAGAGAGCAAAGGGACAGCGACACAGACACGGAGACGCAGGAGAAUGGACAGCAGGGGGCAGAAGAUGGCUCUUAUGAGGCACUGAACAGUCUAGUGAGGCUGCCCAGACAUCAUCCGCUAAUAAAGGACAGCAUCAGUGACGAGGAGCUUCAGGACCAGGCUUUAAUUGAGGAGGAUGGUUUAGAGGGUGAGCUGUGGGCUAAACCUCUGGCUCAACUGUGGCAGAACAGACCUUACAAUGAACAGAGAGAGAGAGAGUACAACAGAGAGAUGGGCCUCCAGCCACCAUACUGCGCCGUCUGUAUGAUUUUCCAGACGCACCAGCGGUCUGAAGGGACCGACUGUGAGCAGAUUGUUGUACAAUCUGGAUGUCAAAUGAGGACAAAGCCACUGAUCCCCGAGAUGUGUUUCAGCACAACUACUGAAGAGUGCACUGAACUUCAUCUGUCCACUCCUCACUUGGAUCAGGACGGAACCAGCCUGCUCAUCAGCUGCUCCCAGUGCUGUGUGCGUGUGCACGCCAGUUGCUAUGGCGUUUCCCCUGAGAGAGUCACAAAAGACUGGAAAUGUGCCCGUUGCAAAGCCAACGCCCUCACGGAGAGUUGUUGUCUGUGCUCAUUAAGAGGUGGAGCCUUACACAGAGCCAACAAUGACAAGUGGGUGCAUGUGCUGUGUGCGGUGGCAGUGUUAGAGGCUCGCUUCGUGAACAUCACAGAGAGAUCUCCAGUGGAUCUCAGUGGCAUUCCCUUACAGAGAUUUAAGCUGAAAUGUUACUACUGUAAGAGGCGGAUGAAGAAGACGACAGGCUGCUGUGUGCAGUGUUCUCAUGGCCGCUGCCCCACGUCAUACCACCCUACCUGUGCCCAGGCUGCGGGUGUCCUUAUGCACCCGGAUGACUGGCCUUUCAUCGUCUAUGUCACCUGCUGCCGUCACAAAGGCCCUGUCCAAUCAGAGAGGAAAAAGGAGGCCAUGAGGGAAAUCGGCGCAGGCCAGAGAGUGAUCUGCAAGCACAAAAACGGACGCUACUACCAGUGUGAUGUGGUUCAGCUGACAAAAGAGACAUUUUAUGAGGUCAACUUUGAUGAUGGCUCCUUCAGUGACAACCUCUUUCCUGAGGACAUUGUGAGCCGUGACUGUGCCCAGCUGGGUCCUCCACCCAUGGGAGAGGUGGUGCAAGUGCGUUGGACAGACGGACUCAUCUACGGAGCCAAGUUUGUUGCAGCACACGUCAUUCAAAUGUACCAAGUGGAGUUUGAAGAUGGCUCACAGCUCACAGCCAAGAGAGAUGAUGUCUACACAUUAGACGAAGAACUGCCCAAAAGGGUGAAAUCCAGACUGUCGAAGGCAUCAGACAUGCGUUUCGAUGGCAUCUUUGGAGAGAAGAAGCUGCAGGACAGCAAGAGGCAGCGGGUGAUUAACUCAAGAUACAGAGGCGACUACAUCGAGCCGGUCAUCUACCGAACCAUCAUGGAGUAACCAGCAUCAUCAUCUUCUUCUUCCUCCUCACAGCACCAGCAUUCAUUGAGCAAAGCUCCCACACACACGUCUCACAACAUGAAGUGAGAAUGUUUCUUUCUGUGUGUGACAUUGUAUACAUCUGCUUUUUUAACAAGUUUUAAUCGCUCCAGGAGCUUUGCCAUCACUCUGAUCUCUGAAAAGCUUUUAGUGAAGGCAUUUUUAAAAUACACACACACACACACACACACAAAAAAAACCACACAUGCCUGUGCCACAUCCUUUCAGACAUGAUGUGGUUUUUAUAUCCUUACUGGAAUUUGAGCCACUUAUGCAUACACUUUGGCCAGAAAGCAUUAGAGUUUGUACUAGUUUUAUACAGAUCCUCAUUGUUUUGUCCUGUUGUUAAGUUUGCAUUAAUUUAUUUCCCUCCGAGUUCAGGGUGCUAAUAUUUGCCCAUAUAUUUUUAUCGAACGGAGGAAACAUUGCCAUUUUAUCAACAUGAACACCUCCUUUUUUUAAUCCACACUGUUGUCAAAUUGUACAGCUGCAUUCCUGAAUAUGUAGAUUAUUUGCAACAUAAUGAAUUUAGAUUUGUUUUGUUCUUCUUGUUUUCGUUUUUUUUUUUUUUUUUAAACCAGUCUAUUUAUUAGAUGGUGCUUUCUGAAAGUAGCCUUUGCAAUAUAACUGUCUGAGUUCUAACAGCGCUGGACAUAUGAUGUAGUUUUUGUUUCCAGCUGGGAGGUUCUUUCAAAAUGCCACGGAUUUCUUUCCUGUUCCUCUUUCAGAUCUGCUAUAUGACGCAUUUAAAGAUCUGCUUUGCACUGCUGUUCAAUCAGGCGUGUUUUAUGUUAAUUAUGUGCAGCUUUGGCAAUCUUAAUCAUAACCCUGUUAGGCAUAAGCAGAUACUAAGGUUCACAUAUCAUGCUAAAUCUCUAGCCUUCAUCACCACACACAAUAUUGUUGUGAUAUUUUGCAUUAAAAAAUACAGGUGUUUUUGUUGGCUGACAUUUUAACUGUUAUGGAAGCCCUGGCAGUCCCCUUGCUAAACUAUUCAACCUUGUCCUGUUUGCUGAAAUCAACCUUACGUACACUACCUGAAUUGCACAUGCUAUUGGCAUGUAUUGCGCCAUAUUUUUUUUUAAUCAUUAAAAAAAUUGGGUAACUAAAACUAGCUAGCUAGCUUGUGUUAUUUUUGCUAUCCAUAAAAGCUUUUUUCAUAGCACGCUAGCUUGUCAUUGGGGCAUCUAAAAAAAAAUAGUGCAUUAAAUAUGCUGGCAUUAACAAGAUGCUAUUAUUGUAAUAGAAAAAGCUUACCUAAAUAGCCUAGUUAACAAAAUGAACGUUUGAACAGGAUCCUCAAGGGUUCUUUUGUAAGGACGGCGUCAGGGGGACUGUGAGCGACAGUUCUGUCCGUGCUCCAAUGAACAGAAUUGUGGGAUUCCCUUCUCUAAGGCCACAUGCAGUGCAGUCUUUGGAUUAAUCAGCUAAUCAAAAUAAGCAAGACAGCUGUCUUUAUGCUGACCUUAUUUUGAUUAUCUAAAUGGGACAGAAUUCAUUCUGAGAGCACAAAUGCUGCCCAGCCAAUACUGCCUACUCAGGCAGCUUCUUCACAAAUGGAAGGCAAAUAAUAAUAAUAAUAAUAAUCUGAAUUGUCCACUAUGAUAAUAGGGUGCCUGUUUAGUAUCGUGAUAUAUUGUAUAAUAAUAAAGCCUGUCAGAACAUGCCUAAUCCCCACGCUUUAAAAAAGCUAGUUUUGCACUUCUAAGCUGUACUUUUAAUAAACUGAUUCCUCUAGCCAAGUUUCCGAAACAGCCACUCACUCAUGAAGGCCUUUUAAAGCCUGUGAUAUGAUGUGUAGUGUGUGUCCAUAGUUAACAGCUGUCAGAUAUUUAAGUCCCUUUCACUCAGCAGGAAGGGACCUACAUAUAUUACCACUUUAAAAAAUGACUUAUUACAAAUGUUUUUUAUUAUUAAGAAGCCUAUUUUAUUGCUUUGUUUUAUAAUAAGUGUUCAAUGUUUAUAUGCUGUGAGAAAUAGAGUUGUAUGUAGUUAAUUUAAGGACUUCAUGAACUGGCAGUGUAUUUUCCCAGCUUGCUUCCUUAAGCUUAAGCCUCAGUCACACUGAAAACCGAGGCACUGAGAUGUCUGUUCUUGUCUUUUGUAAAGAUUAUCAGUGUGUGUCAGUAAAAUGAUGUGGGCUUACA